AUGUCAGCAUCCUCAGCAGUUCAGCAGUUGGUCCUCUACAGUUACUGGCGAAGCUCAUGCUCGUGGCGUGUUCGCUCCGUUCUGGCUUUGAAGGCCAUUCCCUACGAGUACCGGGCAGUGUCACUGUACACCGGCGAGCAGCACAGUGAGGCAUUCAAGACAGUCAAUCCGGCGGGAAUGGUGCCCACACUGCUGGUGCCCACUAAGGACGGCAAACACGAAACGCUCUUUGAGUCACUGGCCAUCAUCGACUACCUCGAGCAGACGCAUCCACAGCCGUCCAUCUACCCGACAGACCCCAUUCAGCGGGCCAAGGUGAUCGCCGUCGUGGAGAGCAUCGUCAGCGGCAUUCAGCCGCUGCAGAACCUUGGGCCGAUGAACAAGGCGGCGGAGUUUGCCGGCGGCAGCAAGGCAAAGGCCGUCGAGUGGAACCAGUACUGGAUCAGCACUCGCUUCGCCACCCUCGAGGGCAUUCUCCAGGGCCUCUCAGGGCGGUACACCGUCGGCGACCAGCUCACACUGGCGGACAUCUGUCUGGUGCCCCAGGUGUACAAUGCUCUGCGCUACAACGUACAACUGGACAGCUAUCCGCUGAUCAAGCGACUGUACGAGCAACUGCUCGCCACCGAAGAGUGCAUCAUCAAGGCGAAGCCAGAGAACCAGGUUGACUCGGACGACUUUAAGGAAAGAAAGCUGGCCGGCUACUGA